AUGACCUUUGUGCCGGAAAGAAAUCAUAGAAAAGCGAGUUUUUUGAACACUCUCCACCUUUUGCUCCUUAACGCAAUGUCCAUCCGGAAGACCCUCUCAAAUCUACUACACACCUUCAACGACAAAGCCUCAGUGAUCGCAGCAUCAAUUUCACUCAAGCGCCAUGUGUCCUCCGUCCGCAUCUAUGUGCUUCGCGCCACCACUCACCGCCUCGCCGCUCCUCCGUCAGAGUCCCAAAUCGCUGCCGUUCUCUCCGCAGGCCGUGGCUCUUAUCUCCUGCCUCGCACCUGCAUAGAGGCCAUCAUGGACCGCCUUCACAGAACCCGAAGCGCCUCGGUGGCACUGAAAUGCCUCUUCAUUCUCCACAACAUAGUAUCUGAGGGACCCUUAAUGCUAAAGGACAACCUCUCCCACUACCCUUCGCGCGGAGGAAACAACGCCCUUAACCUCGUCAGCUUCCGCGACGAAACAGACAUGGAAUCACUGCAGCUCAGCUCGUGGGUUCGAUGGUACGCCAAUGUUCUGGAACAUGUCUUGACGGUUUCUCGUGUUUUGGGUUAUUAUCUGAUAAAGGAUGGCGUCCAACGAGAGUUUACGAGGGUGUCCAGUGUUGAAUUGUUAUGUGAAUUACGAGGAUUAGUCGAUUUCGUGGAGCAGGUGAGUCACGCGCCUGAGUCACUGCACCUUCAGAGGAUCGAUUUGGUGUAUGGCGUUGUGAGAUUGGUGCGAGAUGAUUACGGACGCGUGCAGGGCGAGAUUUCUCGGCGUGUGGAGGAGAUUGAGAGGAGGGUGGUGGAUUUGGGUGUGGAUGAGUUAAGGGAGUUGGUGUGGUGUUUGAAGAGAUUGGAGGAGUGCAGGGAAAGGUUGGUGGUUUUGUUUGUGAAUAGAAAGAAAAACGGUGCGUUUUGGGAUUUGAUUGGUGGGGUUAAGAAUAAAGGAGUGGUGGUGAUGGAGGAUAUGGAGGGGAAGUGGUUGACGGUGGUGAAGGGUAAGAACGAGUUGACUGAGUCGAUGAGCUUCUCCAACCCGUUUCUCGAGCCUGGAGAAAUUUUAUAUUCCGGUCCCACAGGGUGGUGUGUGGCCACGUGUCAACUGACUGUUCCGCGGUUGGGAUGA